AUGGCAAAAUACGUCCUCGCCUUUGACAUAUAUGGGACUCUACUAGAUACCAGUAGCAUAUCCAAAGCUCUUAUGGAACACCUUCAGCUGGACAAAGACAAUACCGCUCAAGUUAGUGCGCUGUGGCGUAGAUACCAGCUUGAAUAUACUUGGAGACUCAAUUCAAUGAAUGUCUACAAACCCUUCGACAUCGUAACCAAGAAAGCACUUCAACAUGCUCUUAAAGAAUCAGGAAUAAGAUUUGACGACGACUCUAUAAGGAGAUUAAUGGAUGCUUACAAUGUUCUUCCAUGCUUCCCCGACGCCGAACAUGCUCUACGGGAAUUGACAAGCAAUGGAAAGGCGAAGAUCGUAGUAUUUAGCAAUGGGACUCAGUCGAUGGUUCAGACGGCCCUCUCUGCUGCAGGUCUCACAAACAUGACGCCGAACAUUUACGUUGCCGAUGCUGUCGGACGUUACAAACCCACUCCUGAAAUAUAUCGUGGACUUCUGCAGUCCGUGGGUAAGGAAGGGCACCCGAAGGAAUGUUGCUUAGUAAGUGGCAAUCCAUUUGACGUCACUGGAGCAAUAGCGCAAGGUAUGCGAGCCAUUUGGGUCGAUAGAGCCGGUAAAGGAUGGGCAGACGGCAUUCUUCCUAUCCAUAGUUCGAGCGAAUUCGAGGCUAUGAAGAUCGUUCAUAGUCUUCAAGAGAUUCCCGAGCUGGUUUCGUCCUUUGAAUGAAAUCAGCACAAAUUUCAGAAACGGAGAAACGAGUCCAUGUAUAAUCAGGAUUGGCUUCAUGACACAAUGAACAGAGAAU